ACACACUAAUAUUAUUCAAAUUCAGUGGAGAAUCCAUACUAGAUGCAGACUAAUAUCUAAAAUAAAAACUAAAAUCACUAAAGUACCUUGCUAAUUUCCCAGCAUAUUCCACCAACCAUAAUUAAGAAAAUUCGAUUAAAACUAUUUCCCAUUAAUGUAUCAGAAUAUAUGAAACCUUUACCUUUUCACUAUAUAUAGAACUUGCAAUAAAACCUAGAAGAUCUAUAUCUAUCUAUCUAACUCUUCAAACUAGGUUUAAUCAUGUGGGCUGAAACAUUUGCUCCCAUUAUCUAUGAAGAUUUUCUUGAGAACUUUUACUCAAGAAGGCUACUACUUAACACAGCUUAUCAACCACCUACCAUGGCAUCUCCUCCAUUUGGAGACGCUCAUGAAGCAUCACACUCUCAUGCACACCAAAUGAGCUUUGAUGCAAAUGUUGUUAUGGUCUUAUCAGUCCUCUUGUGUGCACUAGUUUGCUCACUUGGACUGCAUUCUAUCAUUAGAUGUCUGUUGAGGUACUCAUCCGAAGCUAGUGAGGAGCUUACAGUUCGCAUGGCCAACACAGGGGUCAAACGAAAAGCCUUGAAGAGUUUCCAGACGGUAAGUUACUCUAAAGAGAUGAAUCUGCCUUGUCUUGAUACAGAGUGUGUCAUAUGUCUCUCGGAGUUUGUGGCCGGAGAGCGAGUCAGGCUUCUGCCAAAGUGUCACCACGGGUUCCAUGUCCGGUGUAUAGACAAAUGGCUGAGUUCACACUCAUCUUGUCCCACUUGCAGGGACUGUCUCAUUCAGACUUGCCAAAAGAUAGCUGGCUGCAGUGAGACGACCUCAUCAUCUAAUCAACCACCACAGGGAAGCUUUAGCGUGCAUAUAGCACCACUAGGACCUGAAAGAUUUAUACAUGGUUUCUGAACACAAGUCAACUAGGCUUAGGUGAAGUUAUGUUGUAAAGCUUGAUAUGUAUGUACUGCCAAUGGCAGCUUACCUGUAGUUCAAUAUUGAGAACAGAGUUAUCA